GUGCGCCUCUCGUGCACGGGCGCGAUGUUCACACCGGCGGCCGAGCUUCUCAAGACGCGGGAUGCGGGCGAAGCGGGGGUCGAGAGCAUCGACGCAGCCAACAAAAACACGGAGAUAGCGGGCAUCUCGAAGAAGGACAGGUCGAUGACGAAGCUUCUGCUGCAACGCGAAGACAAUUCCAGAGGCUCGGCGCGGGGCCAGAACGUGGUGGCGAGGCUCGAGGUCGGAUCGCAGAUGCAGAUGGCGCUGGCAGCGAGCACGGCGCACGAUCAGAAGGUCGGGGGGGAGGCGAGGGACACGGUCGCGGCCGCCGACUACCGCGGCCACCCGCUGGGCAAGAAACCAGACGCCUACCUCCGCAUGCUGCUCUUCAGGCUGAGCGAGCCGGUGGAGGCGAGGUACGACGAGGUCAAGUCCGCAUCGGCGUUGACUACGCUGGUGGAGUUCGGGACGAGCCUCAAGGAUCCAGAGGUGCGCCUCAAGGCCACCAGAUGCUUCGACGUGAGAGUCAUGACGACGAUCGACGGAGAGGAGGUGGAAGAGGCCAAGUGGAUAUUCACAGCUAUGGCGCAUCCCACUGCGAUGGCGGCCACGUAUGCGCUCAAGACCAACGGCGGCCUGAAGUCGGUGAGUUUGAUCCUGGAGGACGAGGAGGCUCCGAGGUCCAAGACCGCCAAGGAGCUCGAGAAGCUUGUGUUCAGGGGGGGCGGGAACGGAUCCAACGGCAAGCAGAAGCGGGCGAAGAAGAAGUGA